AUGGAGGGAGCGCCUGCGCGCCCCGAGGGCGACGGCGGGAUCAUUGAGCAGAGCGUCGCGCAGGCCAAGCACGACGGCCAGAGCAUUACGCCGUGGCAGGAUACACCGCCCAGCCGUGAGACGCCGCCCCGAAAGCGGGGCAGCGACGGGGGAAAAUACCGCACGCUCAAUCCGCUCCAGCUCUUCCGGACCACGUCCAAGAACAAGGGCACGCCGAGCGACGACGACAAAAAGUGGCGCCCGUUUCGCACGCCACGGUCCGCCAAGGCGACGGGCAGCUCGGAUGCGCGCAGCCUGCAGGACGAGCCGCGGCUCGGCGCACGCCGCUCGCGGCCGUGGCUCUUUGGACGCGAGAAUGGCGAGAGCGAGAUGCGCCUGUCGCCGGUGAACGACCUGGCGCGCGUUGCUUCGCAUGAGUCUGCUGCCUCGGACUCGUACGGCGUCGUGUCACAGCCCGCGGCGGCGCUCGGCAUUGCGCUCGAUACCAACUUUGACCAGAUGGACGACAUUGUCGACCGCGGCCGCGCGGGGCGUGUGUCGCCGGCCACGAGCAUUUCGCCCUCGUGCACACGCACCUCGUCGCGGACGACCUCACCGGUACGCCACACGAACUCGCCGAUAAUGCGCUCGCGAUGGUCGACCGACUCAGACGCGACACGCGGCGUGUCCUACUCGCGCGCCUCGACCGACAGCUCGCGCCGCGAUUCGGGCAUCGACUUUCACGAAUGGACGCGCGUCCUGCCCAUGUCGCGCGUCUCAGACGGCACGGGACGCCGCGAAAGCACCUUUUCGCAAAUGACCUCGGACUCGCUUCGGACGGACGUCUCGCCGACCACGGCGCCGCACGCAUUCGACCACGACGCCGACGAGCCGCGCGCCGCGCCGGCGCUCACCGUCCUUCCGCCGGGUCGCCCGCACAUCAACGAGGUGAGCUCGACAUGGAUGGCGCCGGACUCGUGGGCCGUGCGCCAGCACGACGAGAUGCUGGGAUCCCUGCACAACGUCGCCGGCGAGUACGUCGACGAUGCGGACCGGGGCUUGCUGCCGACGCUCGACGCGAGCGGCGAGUCGGUGCCGACGAGCAUCAUUGUGUACGAGACGCCGACCGACACACCGGCGCACACACCUCCAGCACCGUCGACGCCGUGGGAAGACAACCACAAGCGCCGGUUCUUUGCCGGCCGCCGCAGCGGGCCGUCGAAGCUCGACAUGCUUCUCGCGCCGGAGCUCGCGACGCACGGGCGCAGCGGCAGCGUGUCGGACGCCGAGUCGAUCAUUCCAUCCCCGGACGAGCAGACAAGCCGCCUGCCGUUCUUCUUGUCCAACACGGGCAAUGCAUCCCAGCGGCAGAGCAAGCCGCGUACGCGCCACGGCGUGCAUCCCCCGCACCUUCCCUUCCGCAAGUUUGCACGCAAGUCGGGGUCGGACACGCCGCGCGUCGAGCUCCCGCCUACGGGCCUCGACGAGGACGCGGCACCGCGCGCUACGGCCUGGCACUUUUCGACACGCCGCCGCGGCGACUCGGCGGCAAUCGAGGCGGACGCGACACCCGUGCCGGUCCUCACACCGGACCACCUGCACGAGGGGGGGAGCAGUGCGAUGCAGCCUGGUGUCUUUUUGCGUAUCUACCACCAGGACGACACCUUUUCCAUGAUCUCGUGCGCGCUCGAGACGACCGCGGCCGAGAUUUUGUACGUACUUGCGCGCACCGUGGGCCUCCUGGACGCCAAGGGCCACGGCCUCUUUCUCUACGAAAAGGGCUCGGACCGCCCGCUGGUCGCGAGCGAGCGCCCUGCGCGCAUCCUGCGCCGCCGCCUGCUUCAGGCAGGCUACGCCGAGUCAGACGGACUCGACACGUUGGGACGCGACGAUAUGAGCUACGUGCUGCGCUUCGUCUUCCGCCCGGACCGCGUGCCGACGCUGCAGAGCGUCGCGCUCGAGGCGCAGGAGCAGACGUACAAGCACCUGAACCUACAGAGCAUGCACCUGACCAUGAUCCCAGUGUUUGUCUACCGGCACGCGCACUGGAUCGUGAGCUUGGACUUGUCGAUGAACCCGCUGUCGGACCUCCCUCUGGACUUUGUGCAGCUGUGCACCAAUCUGCGCAUGCUGCGGUGCUGUGCGCUGUCGCUCAAAUAUGUUCCCCAGUCCAUCACGGGGGCCGCGACGCUGACCCACAUCGACUUUUCCACGAACCGCAUCCCCGAACUGUCGCACAUUUCUCUGGACGCACUGCCCGAGCUCAAGGUGAUCAAGAUGCUAAACAACCGCCUGUCGGUCAUGCCAGAGUACACGCCGCGGCUCUUUGCGCUGUCCUACCUGAACCUCUCCAACAACCGCUUCGAUACCUUUCCCCAAGCUUUGUGUGACGUUCCGCAACUCAAAGACCUCGACUUGUCUUUUAAUACCAUUUCGCACAUUCCCCCGGAAAUCGCGCAGUUGACGAACCUCGAGCGCCUGGUGCUCAUGGGCAACAACUUGAGCCGGCUCCCGGAUGCGAUUCUCCGCCUGAGCGAACUGCAGACGCUCGACGUGCGCAACACGAGCAUGCACUCGCUGGGACACGUCCUCUCCUUGCCGAAGCUCAAGACGGUCCUCGCGUCGCACAACUGCCUCACGACGCUCGACUCAGAAAUCAGCUCGUCCGUGCAGAUGCUCGAGCUCGCGCACAAUCCCUUGUCGCAGGCGCAGCUCACGGCACCGACCAUUGCGAGUCUUACACAGCUCGACUUGUCCUACGCGAACCUCGCGCGCCUGAACGAAAGCUUGUUCCGUUCGCUGCCUGCACUGACGCACCUCACGCUCGACCACAACCAGUUUGCGUCGCUGCCGCCGCUCGACGUGCUCACCGCGCUCGAGCACCUCUCAUGUGCCGCGAAUGCACUGACGCACCUCCCAGACUCGAUCGGGGGGCUGCGCGCGCUGCAGCGCCUCGAUGUGCAGAACAACAACCUGCGCGCGCUUCCGGCGGGCCUCUGGCGGUGCCCAAACUUGUACGCGAUCAACGCCAGCUCCAACUUGCUCGAUACCUUUCCGCUGCCGCCCGACACGGCCACGCCGGACGGCCAGCGGGCGAACCCGCUCAAGUACUCGCUUGUGCUGCUUCGCCUGGCCGACAACCGUCUGACGGACGACGUGUUCUCUGUGCUGACGCUCCUCUCGGAGCUCGAGGUGCUCAACCUGAGCAUGAACGACCUGUACGAAGUACCGGUCGGCGCACUCGCGCACCUCGGCGAGCUGCGCGAACUGUACCUGAGCGGCAACAAGCUCAGCUCGCUGCCAGCCGACGACAUGGAGCGGCUGGAGCGCCUGUGUGUGCUGUUUAUCAAUGGCAACAAGCUCCUGUCGCUCCCGGCAGAGCUUGGGCGGCUCAAGCGCCUGCGCUCGCUCGACGCGGGCAACAAUAUCCUCAAGUACAACAUUGCCAACUGGCACUAUGACUGGAACUGGAACGCCAACCCCGAGCUACGCUACCUCAACCUGUCGGGCAACCAGCGCUUUGAGAUCAAGCCCAAGCUCACGGGUACGGAAGGGCGCGAGCGCAACAUUGCCGACUUUAAUCGCCUGCGUCACCUGCGCAUGCUCGGUCUGAUGGAGGUCACCAUGACGCACCAGCCGCUGCCGGACGAGACCGACGACCGCCGCGUGCGCACGACACUCUCGCAGAUCAAUUCGAUGCCGUACGGCAUUGCCGACACCCUCGGCAUGCACGACGCGCUCCACGUGUCGGAUGUCGUCCUGUCCAGCUACCGCAACUCGGACCACGAGGCGCUGUUUGGCCUCGUCGAGGGGCACGAUCCGUGCCUGCGCGCAGGCAGUCACAUUGCGCGCUACGUCGCGAACCACUGCGGCCGUAUCCUCAACGAGGAGCUGCACCGCGUCGGCAUGCCGUUUCUCGACCACCGCCACCAUGUGCCUCCGGGUGAGGACAGGGUCGAGACGGCGCUGCGCCGCGCGUUCCUGCGCCUCGACCAGACGUACGCCGAACACGUCCUGGGGAUGGACGUCUCCAAGGACAAGACCGCGGCGACCAGCACGCAAGGCGCGAGCCUCGUGGCGGCGGCUGCCGCCGCCGCCACGGCGAACGGCGCAGGGGCACAGGAGCUCUUUUGGGGCUGGCCGGGCACUACCCCGGGCACGCACAAAAUGCUGUGGGAAGCGAGCGCCACGGCCAUUCUCGCCUACCAGCGUGGUCACCGCCUGUAUAUUGCCAAUGUCGGCGACGCACUCGCCGUCCUGUCGCGUGUCGGUGGAGCGAUGCGCGUGCUCGGCACGAAGCACGAUCCGCUGAACCGCGACGAGACGCAGCGCAUCCGCAGCGCUGAAGGCUGGGUCUCACUGCGUGGCUAUGUCAACGACAAGGUCCACGUCGCGCGUGCGUUUGGCCACUUCCAGCUCACGCCGAUCAUCUCGGCGUGCCCGUCGGUGCAGUGCGUCGAGCUGACGGAUGCGGACGAGUUUGUGAUUCUGGCGAACGCCGAGCUUUGGCGGUACAUUCCCUACCAGAUGGCGGUGGAUAUCGCGCGCAUGGACCGCGAGCACCCCCGGCACGCGAGUCAGCGUCUGCGUGACAUUGCGGUGAGCUAUGGCGCGACGGGCCACAUUACCGUGAUGGUCGUCGCGGUUGGCGCGCUCUUCCACGAGCAGCUCGAUGCAAACGUGCAGCACGCGCAUGCGCUGCAGCGCGGAGUCGACUAUUCGAAGAAGCUCACGCGUCGCAGCCGCGCCGACAAUGACAGCACGCUGGCGCGUCUCGAGCGCGAGGUCCUGCCGCCGAUUGGCCAGGUGGCGCUGGUCUUUACGGAUAUCAAGCACUCGACGCUGCUCUGGGAGACGAACCCCGGCAUGCAGGCCGCGAUCCGCCUGCACAACUUGCUGCUCCGCCGGCAGCUGCGCAGCAUCGGUGGCUACGAGGCCAAGACCGAAGGCGAUGCAUUCAUGGUCUCUUUCCCGUCCGUCGGCGAGGCACUCUUGUGGUGCUUUAGCGUGCAGCUGCGUUUGCUCAGCGUCGACUGGCCGCAAGAGAUCCUCGACUCCGACGACGGGCACCCUGUCCACGACGAAGAUGGCACGUUAAUCUACCGUGGGUUGUCUGUGCGUAUGGGCAUCCACUGGGGCUCGCCGGUGUGCGAGGUGGAUCCUGUGAACAACCGUAUGGACUACUUUGGUCCGAUGGUGAACCGUGCGGCGCGUAUUAGCAAUGCUGCCGACGGUGGCCAGAUUCUGGUGAGUCGCGAUGUGGUGAACGAGCUGGAAAUGCUCCUCGGCAAGUACGAGGACACCGAGACGUCGCCGACCGAAGUGACGCACCCCCCGCUGGGCCAGUCGCACAUCCCCCGCGAGGUGGUCUUUUUGCGGCGCCUCGGCCUCGGCAUCAUCUCGAUGGGCGAGCGCCGCCUGAAAGGCAUCGAGAUUCCGGAGCAUUUGUCUCUGGUAUACCCCAAGCAGCUCAGCGGACGUUACCGCCAUCUCCCCGGUGUACGUCCCAGCGAUACCAAGCUCCAGAUCUAUGAGCCUACGAUGGAGCUGCUGGAACUAGACCAGGUGAAACAGAUCGGGCUGUUGUGCCUGCGCCUUGAGGCGCUGUCGACUGGCAUGUGCUUCCCUGGCAUCGAUCCGUUGGACCCUGAGCGCUCGGAUCUGCACGAUAUUGUACGCGGGCACGGCCACACUGCGCCCCCGCCGCAUGCCGACCGCAGCAAAGUGGUGGAGCGGUGCCUGACGCGCUAUCCUGAGCUGCUGAUCAUCGCGACGCGUGAAGAAGCCACGGACACGGAGUUGAUGCACAUCCUCGCGCAGCUCGUCACGCGUAUCCACAACAGCAUCUCUACGCUCGCGAUGCAGCAUGUGCGCGCUGCGCUCCCCGAGGAGCUCCAAAACCUAGGCCAGCUCCUCGCGCCUUGGUCCGAAUAA